UCUAUAAUGCUGUUUUGCAUUCAGUAUUUCCCCCAUUCUGCGUGCAGUGGAAAGUCAACAUCAAUUGAUAGCAACGCAAAUUUGAUAUGCAUCACCCAAGUAGGAGAUUUGGUCCUUCAAAACGCCAUAUCUUUCAAACGAAAAUUAACUCGUUCAAUUGACCGAUUCAAUCCAUCCAUACCUACACACAUACCUACCUAGGUACAUAAUGUACUCCACUACAUCACGUGAGGUGAGUCACAUUUAGCCUCGAACAUGUCGCGCAUCCAUGUAUGCGCGCCCUAUGAACCUGCAGAUGAUAUUCGAAUUACAAAUCACUUCACGGCUCACCGUCUCUAUAAAUCAACCAAUUGAUCGUCAACCGAUACUUUUUCCUCGUACAUACGCAAUUGGCCCCAUCUCAGACCAGGCCUCUACCCAUCAAAUCAAUCAAGAUGCAGCUCCCCUACACCACUCUCGAUGUCUUCACCACAAAACGCUACCUUGGAAACCCCCUCGCCGUAAUCCGCGUUCCCUCCACCCUCAGCAAAACCCUAACAGAAGCCCAAAAACAAACCAUCGCCAAAGAAUUCAACUACUCUGAAUCCGUCUUCUUGCACGAGCCCACGCCCGAGGAACCUCAAACAGCAGUCUACGACAUCUUCACGCCAUCCUCGCGCAUGACAUUUGCGGGUCACCCCACCAUCGGAACAGCAAUCUACGUAGCGACCCACGCCGCUGCGUAUCCGGGGGUAACGCAGCUCAGAACGCUAGCGGGAACUAUCCCGUUCACCACCACCACCACCUCCGAGGGAGCGAAGAGCGAGGUAAAAACAACAGUAGCCAUCCCCCACGAUGUCCGCGAGCACAAAACCCGUCUGCCGCACCCUUACCCGGCUCCCGGGACGAAUGGCGGGGAAGAGGAUACGGUACCGCUGUUCUCGAUAGUAAAAGGCAUGGCGUUUAAUCUGAUCCCCAUGAAAGACGUGGCUGCUCUCGCGCUCCCGAAACAAGGGCUUAUCCCCCAGGAGAAACUCUACGCACACGAGUGCUUGGAUCAAGGGAGCGGGUGGGACAUUGGAUAUACUGGGUCGUUCUUUUACGUGGAUUUGGGGACAGAAGAGGAUGGGACGAAGGUGCUGCGGACGCGGAUGCUGGGGACUCGCGAGGAUGCGGGGACGGGGAGCGCGAGCUGUGCUUUGACUAGUUAUUUGGCGUUGAAGGCGGCAAAGGGGAAGGCGGGUGUGCACAAAUUUCACAUGACGCAGGGGGUGGAGAUGGGGAGACGGUGUGAUAUUUACGUUAAUGUUACGGUCAAGGAAGGGGGUGAGGAGAUUGAGAGGGUGGAGAUGGCUGGGGCGGCUAUGGAGGUUAUGGAGGGGACUCUCAGGGUGGAUUGA